CGAAGAGUCUACUUGCUCACUUCCAUCUCUUUCUGUGUCUGUAUCCACAGAUAACACAUACUACAAAUUUUGGACAUCUCCCUCAACAAAAACACAAACUCAUCAACCAUGGGUCCUGCUUCUUCUUUGUCAACUAGGCGUCUGGUGUUGUUUGGGAUCAUGAUUGGCCUGAUGAUGCUAGUCACUUCAGUCAGCUCCAGGAACUUUGAUCAGCUAUUUCAGGCUCGUUGGGCUCUCGACCAUUUCGCUUAUCAAGGCGAUACAGUCAAAAUGAAGCUCGAUAACUUUUCCGGGGCUGGAUUUUCAUCAAAAAGCAAGUACAUGUUUGGAAAAGUUACCGUGCAGAUAAAGCUUGUUGAGGGUGACUCUGCUGGAACUGUCACUGCUUUUUAUAUGUCAUCAGAUGGUCCAAAGCAUCAUGAGUUCGAUUUCGAGUUUCUUGGAAAUACUACUGGAGAGCCGUACCUAGUCCAGACCAAUGUUUAUGUGAACGGUGUGGGCAACAGGGAACAAAGAUUGAAUCUUUGGUUCGACCCUUCUAAAGAUUUUCACUCCUAUUCUAUCCUCUGGAACCAGCGCCAAGUUGUCUUUCUGGUGGAUGAUACGCCUAUUCGAGUUCACUCCAACUUAGAGCACAAGGGGCUCCCAUUCCCCAAGGACCAAGCCAUGGGCGUGUAUAGCUCGAUAUGGAACGCUGAUGACUGGGCCACUCAGGGUGGCAGGGUCAAAACCGACUGGAGCCACGCACCUUUCGUGGCUUCUUACAGAGGCUUCGAAAUUGAUGGGUGCGAGUGCCCUGCCUCAGUGGCUGCAACAGAAAUUUCACGAAGGUGCAGCAGUAGUGCUGAGAAGCGGUUCUGGUGGGACGAGCCUAGAUUGUCUGAGUUGAACUUGCAUCAAAGCCAUCAGCUCACGUGGGUGCGAGCGCACCACAUGAUCUACGACUACUGCUCGGACACCGCGAGGUUCCCGGUCGCUCCCGUGGAAUGCCAGCACCACGGCCGCAAGUGAUCGGUGUUGAAAUGUGUGGUGCCUGAUAGGAGUUCGAUCAAGAUGUAAAAAACAUAAACUACUUGAAGUCUGCGGACAAUCGAACUCCAUGUUAAUUAGUCGUUUGCACAAUGUAAAAUAUGUGUAAUGUUUAUAUUAAUCUAAGAUCUGCUGUA